AUGGCAAGCACUCUCGAUCCAAUUGACCUAGGCGGUCUUACCGUCGAUGCUGAUGCUGAUGCUGCAGCCUUGCCUGAGAAUCUUGAACCGAGCCAAGACGACCAGAAGUACGAGGAGAUUUCCAUACGAACAACACAAGCACAGUACGAUGCAAUUGUAGCCGAGCCGCUCUCAAACACCCUUCUAUCUAUCAGAGCAGGGCCAGGGAGCGGGAAGACACACACGCUAGUCAAUCGCAUAGGUUACCUCAUAAGCCACCACAAAGUGCAGCCUAGCGAGAUCUUGGUCUUGUCCAUGGCAAAUAGGUCUGUAAAGCUGCUUAGAACUAGUUUAGUGCUGACGGUAGGCGAGGAAUUAGCCAGCAGGGUCCAAUUGAGCACUUUCCAUUCGUUCUGUGGUAACGUCAUAGAGCACUAUGGGCAGCAGGACAAGAAUGCACCUCCCAAGAGGGUGAUGGACGAAACGAGUUGGAGAGCGUUUUCCACCAUAUUUCUGAGGAAAUCCAUUAAAAUAAACGGCGUAUCACUUGAUUCCGAUAUAUCUGCUGUUGAUUUGCAAAGGAUGAUAUCUUCAAUCAAGCAGGGUAGCCUAUCCAUUGAUGCGGCGCAUUUCAGGUAUAAAGUAGGCAAAGAGUACAUCCAAGCUCUAUUGAGCUAUAUAGAUUCAAAUGGACUAAUGAUGUACCUGGAUUUAAUCACAAACUUUUUGAGUAUUGUCAAGAAUUCGACGGGGAAAGAAGAGGAUAUCAUACCCAUCCUCUUGAAUUUCAAAGUGGUAAUCGUAGAUGAAUUUCAAGAUAUGUACCCAGAACUAAUAAAGGUAGUCCAGCUGAUUGUGAACUACGAAGGGCAAGAUAAAAUUGGUAGCCAAAAGCACUUGACUAUCGCCGGAGACCCAAAUCAAAGUAUUUACGAAUUCUUGGGUUCCAACCCGAACUUGAUGCUGAACUUAAAGAGAAGCUUGCCACACUAUGAAGUAACUGAAAUUUUGUUACCUGAAAACUUUAGGUCUACCCCAGAAAUCAUAAAUGCAGCUACAGAGAUAUCAUUGAAGCAUCUAGAGCAACAAGGUAGUAGCACUGACUUUCAGGUGCUUGCACAAAAUGCUGUAGUCAGACCGCCAAGCUACAAGCCAAUCAUCACGUCACAUACAUCUUCAGAGGAAGAAUAUUUAUUUAUUGCAAAGGAAAUCACAAGAUUAAUUUGCCAACUGGGUGGGCUCUUACUGCCCUCGGAUUUUGUUGUACUAAGUAGAACAAAUAGAGAAUUGGAUCAAAUUGAAAAGCUCUUAAGAGAAAGUUACGAAUUUAAGUGCAACAAGCUUUCUUCAACUGUUCUUUGGACUUAUUCCAGAGUAUUGUUGUUCAUAAAUAUUUUGUUAGUUAUCCAAAAGAAGGGCAAAUUACCUUACCAAAAGGGGGAGGCAAACUUUCCUUUACUAUGCAUAUUACAAAUCUUAGAUCCGAGGAGUGGUCGAAGAAUUUCUACUUUGUUCAACAGCGUCGAAACAAAUCAAUCUAUUGAAGACUACAUUCUUGAAGGGAAUGAGGACCUUUUGAAAAUUUACAAAAGAAAUCCAGAACAAUUAGAGAAGGUUAAGUAUUUUUUGAAACUAGUUAAGGAAGCCAGAGUUAAGUUGGACCCAUUCACUUAUGCUGAAAGUGAAGAAAACUACACUCCAUACAUAACACCAGAAAAUUUGCUUGAAAUAUUGCUUGAUAUUUGCAAAAAGUGUAAUCUAUUACCUUAUUUAAACCAACAAGACAAUUUGCACCUCUAUUUGGAAUCGUUCAAUCGGUCCUUGAUGCAUAGUUAUCUGACAUUUACUGAAAGAAGUAGAUCAACUGAUGAAUCAUUCCUAGAUCAUUUUAUUAGAAAUUACGGUGAUCAAAUACCGAUCACUGACAAGGAUAUGAUUAACUUAUCGACCAUUCAUGCAGCAAAAGGUUUAGAGUUUCCUGUGGUUUUUGUAACUGGUGCAGCAAAGAUCUUUAACUAUAAGGUUGCGCCCACGUACUGGGAGCAGUUGUUGUCAGAAGAAGAGAUUCCUGGGAUCGCAAACUCUAAGAAUUAUGAAAAGGCAAGGCUAUUUUAUGUCGCCAGUACUAGAGCAAAGCAUUUACUUUAUAUUGGAUCACUUUUGAAAAGAAACGACGAGACAGCUUUACCGAUGAGAUUAAGGGGACAUGUCACAUUUGAGUUACCAGAAGUGUUGGAUCUUCAAAACAACAGCUCCAUUUCAUUACUAGAGAGACUAUCUGAAGACCUAGAUCGAGAUUUGCCUUCGGAAGAAAAGUUGGUCUGGGGAAACGAAGUAUUCCAAAAGUUUGAAGCUGAGAGUAGGAAGAAAGGGGUAGAUCUGAAAAGAUAUAUUCAUACCACGUCUGUGCCGAUUCAAGAAUAUGAACCGCUCAAGAAGUUUGAAGCUGCAAGUAGAAAGAAAGAGGUAGACCAGAAAAGAUAUAUCCAUACCAAAUCUGUAAUGCAAAGAUAUGAACAGUGGAAGAAAUUUGAAGCUGCUUAUGCCAGGAAAUGGGAAAUUCAAAGCAGAUACAUCCACACCUCAUCUGUGGUGCAAAGAUAUGAACUGUUCAACAGGGUUGAAAUUGAGAGUCGAAUGAAAUGGCGAACACAAAACAGAUACAACCACACCAGUUCUCCAUCUACCAGGUCUUGCAUGGAAGCAAUUCACACGAGCAGCAUAGAAAGGCGCAAUAAUUUACUGGGUGCAAAAUUUUUCGCAAGCGCUCUUAGUAAAUUACUUAAGCUUACAAGAAGGUAG